UUUUUCAAAAAUACACUUGUUUUCACCCAUGUGGACACUGCAGGCUCUGGAUGUCGCUGGGCAGAUGAACAGCGAAGGGGAUAGUGACUACCGACUGCCAAUCGUCCUGAAUCUGAAUGAUUUGAUCAAUCGAUUGAAGAGUUUCCGACGCUCGAAGAUGCAAAGGCUUCAUUUGUUGGAGGCAGAAGUGAACACACUUUGCACCCUGGCACGGGAACUUUUCCUGGACGAGCCCAUGCUGCUCGAUGUUCCGGCACCCGUAAGAGUUGUGGGCGACAUACACGGGCAGUAUCAGGAUCUGCUGAAAAUCCUCGAUCAGUGCGGAUACCCGCCGCAGACACGCUAUCUAUUUCUCGGGGAUUACGUGGACAGGGGAAAGAACUCGGUGGAAACGAUCACCAUGCUCUUGGCGCUGCGCGUCAAGUUCCCAAAGCACAUUUACCUAUUGCGCGGAAAUCACGAAUCGCAGGCGGUGAAUCGAGUCUAUGGAUUCUACGACGAGUGCAAGCGGCGCUAUACGGUGAAGCUGUGGAAAACCUUUGUCGAUUGCUACAAUUGCAUGCCCGUGGCAGCCAUCAUUUCCCAUCGCAUCUUCUGCUGCCACGGCGGACUGAGUCCGCAGCUGAAGGAGCUCAACAAUAUCAAAUCGAUUGCCCGUCCCACAGAAGUUCCCGAUACGGGUCUGCUAUGCGAUCUGGUCUGGAGCGAUCCGGACCGCUAUGGUUUCGGCUGGACACCGAGUGAUCGGGGUGUUAGCUACCUCUAUGGGCGCGAUGUCAUCGAGAGGUUUCUGCAAAAGAAUGACUUCGAUCUGGUGUGUCGUGCCCAUCAGGUGGUGGAGGAUGGUUACGAGUUCUUUGCCAAACGCCAGUUGGUCACCGUCUUCUCGGCACCCAACUAUUGUGGCUUAUACGACAACGCAGGGGCUUCAAUGGGCGUGGAUAAGGACCUAGUUAUCUCUUUCGAUAUCCAGCGAAGUGAAAGUCGAAAAGUGGUUAUUAAAAAUGCCAACGUAACUCCCAUAAUUGAAUGACGGACCGGAAAGUUUCGGAUUAGCAGACAGCUAACAGCGCGAAUUCUUUAUGCUGCAUGAACUAUCAGUUCCUGCAAGAUGUUAA